AUGCAACUGUGCUGUGAAUCUGUAAAUGGCUCUUGCAUAAAGAGCAGCUGGUCGAACAGUAUCCGCAUUUCCAUGUAUAUCUUCAUGGUUUGCAUUAUUCUGGCCACAGUGUUUGGAAAUCUGAUGGUUAUCAUCUCAAUAUCACAUUUUAAGCAGCUCCACACACCUACCAACUUCUUGAUACUUUCCAUGGCUACAGCUGACUUUUUGCUGGGAUUCCUCGUCAUGCCUUGCAGCAUGGUGCGCUCUGUUGAGCACUGCUGGUAUUUUGGUGACUUCUUCUGCAAGAUCCACACAAGCAUGGACAUUAUGUUGAGCACGGCUUCCAUCUUCCAUCUUUCUUUCAUAUCCAUUGAUCGUUACUAUGCUGUGUGUGACCCUCUAAGAUACAAAUCAAAGAUAAAUACUUUUGUUAUCCUGGUCAUGAUAUUCAUAAGUUGGACUGUCCCUGCUGGUUUUGCUUUUGGGAUGAUCUUUCUAGAACUAAAUUUGCUAGGAGCAGAAGAGAUUUAUAAUCACAUCCAUUGUGCAGGAGGAUGUUUUGUCUUCUUUAGUGAAACUUCAGGUGUUGUGGCCUCCAUAGUGUCUUUUUACAUCCCUGGAUUUGUUAUGCUAUAUGUCUAUAGGAAAAUAUACUCUGUAGCCAAAAGGCGUGCAAGAUCCAUUGAAGCAAUUAGCCAAAAGAAGAGAUAUGAAAUGAAGCACCACAUUUCAUGCUGCAGAGAAAGGAAAGCUGCAAAGACAUUAUGUAUAAUAAUGGGAGUAUUUUUUAUAUGCUGGAGUCCAUUCUUCUUCCUUACAGCAACUGAUCCAUUUAUGAAUUAUGUGGCUCCUCCUGUUCUCAUUGAUGCUUUGGUUUGGUUUGGUUAUUUAAAUUCUGCAUUUAAUCCAAUUGUUUAUGCAUUUUUUUACAUGUGGUUUCGCAAAGCAUUAAAGAUGAUUCUUUUUGGAAACAUUUUUCAAAAGGACUCUUCAAGGAUUCAAUUAUUUUUAGAGUGA